AAUACUAAAUGAGUGUAAUGCUAAUUUUACAAUACAGUGUAUGUUUUUAGGACAUGAAUAGUUUAGUCUAAAUGAGAAUAAUUUUCAUUUAUUAUAUACAAUAUACAACUGCAAAUAUUCUUGAUAAAGAUUUUUUUUCCUUUCCAUUUUCAUAAAUCACUUGAAUUGAGCUUAUGUAAACCGAUGAUAUUGAAAAAAAAUCAAAAUAAAUAGAGAAAAAAUGGUAGAAAAUUUAUACAAGUAUAGUAGAAUAUAAAAAUAAAAAAAAUAUACUCUUCUUAAAAAAAAAAUAGAGAAUUCAACCCAUAAACGUCAAAAAUAUGCAACUUAAAAAAAUAGAGAGCUGAAACUGAAAAUGUCCUUUUCUAAAAAUUUCAUUUAUAUAUAUAAAUCCCAUCCCACUACCCUCCACUCUUUGUAAUUAUCUUUCUGAUUUCUUAUCCCCCACCCCUUCCAAAAGUCAGCGCCUUCUCUUGUCUCCAUUCUCUCAUUCCUUCCUUCUUUAUUCUCACUUUCUCUCUCUUCCCCUGUUUUUUUUCCAUUUCUCUCUCUUCAUUACAUCCAUGGAAACCCCUCCAGAUUGGGAUCUACUCGCCGUUGUCAGAAGCUGCUGCUCCACCACCACUACAACCACCACCACCACGGCGGAUCUAGAACCUUCUCCACCACUUCCGCCGCCACCCCCGUCGUCGUCGUCUUCGCAAUUCAUCCCUCUUCCUCAACUACAUAACCAGCAGCAGCAACAACAACAACCGGCAAAGCAAGAGCCGUAUUUUUCUACAUCGCCUUGUUCAACAACGAGUGGGGGUGGUGGUGGAGGAAGUGGUGGUGUUCUUUUUCAAUUUUCAAAUCCCUUUGAGCCUUGCACCUCAACGACGUCGUUUGAGUUGCAGGAUAUAUGUAAACCGUUGAUUUGCACCACUACAACUACUGCAAAUAGUUCCGUCACUAUUCAUAACAAUAAUAGUUUUCAGUCUCUCUCCUCGGCUUCGUUGGCAUCUCCGGUAUCUUCGCCUUCUUCAGUCAUCACUGGAAGAUCUUUUGGAAUUGUCGAACAACAACAACAACAUCAACAUCAACAACAACAAACGCAGCUUCGAGGAUUAAUUAAGCCUUCUCAUGUCAUUUUUGGAACUUCUUCACCUUCUAUCGCUGGAAAUAAUGCUUCUCAAACUCAGAGAACUAAGAAAAGGAAGAAUUUGAUGAAGAAGGUGUGUCAUGUUCCAGCAGAAGGUCUUUCCUCUGAUAUGUGGGCUUGGAGAAAAUAUGGUCAGAAACCCAUCAAAGGCUCUCCAUAUCCAAGGGGAUACUACAGAUGUAGCAGCUCAAAAGGAUGUUUAGCCAGAAAACAAGUAGAGCGCAACAGAUCAGACCCUAAAAUGUUCAUAGUCACCUACACUUCGGAACACAAUCAUCCUAUGCCAACACACAGAAACUCUCUCGCCGGAAGUACCCGUCAAAAACCACUUACUACCACCGGAACACCGCCGGAGCAGCCCACUUGCUCGUCACCCUCCGCCGCAAGUCUCUCUCCUUUGACCGAGAAGUCAGAGUCAAAGACUGAAGGAGAUGAAUUGAUCAAAGAGGAAGAAGAUACUAGCGAGAUGGCUUUAUCUGAUUUAAUGCUUAAUGAUGAUUUCUAUGUGGGAUUUGAGCAAAUCGACGGUGGCUCAGAUGGGAGUGAUUGUUUUUCAGAUCAUUUUUCGCCGUCGUCGUCGGAAUUUCCUUGGUUAAGUAAUAGUAGUAGUACGGCAGCAGCUGCCGGAGGGAGUUGACUUUUUCCGGUAGACGUUGACUUUUAUUAAUUUUUUCCGGUGGGAGGAAUUCUAGUGGUUGUUGAUGAUGGUGGGAUUGACUUUUGGUUCAUUGACAUGAUGCCUUCCCACUUUAAUUCGGUCAACUUUUAUUUUAUUUUAUUUUAAAUUUAUUAUUUUUACUUUAUUUGUGCUUUUUUGGAGGGGGGAGGUGGGAAAAAUGCUCACUAUUUGUCAGAAUCUAUGUAAGGUCACAAUGGCAUUGUGGAUUUGUAAGGUAGUGGAGAUUUAACAGUAAUCCAAAAGUUAGAGAGAUAAGGAGGAGAGAGAAAUUUAGAAAACACUUUUAGUUGGUAGAAUCUCUAUUCUCAACUAAAGUGGUUUUUUUUUUUUUUUGAUUUGUAAUGGGAAUGGUCUAUUGAAAGUUAGCAAGAGAAGAAAGAACCUUGUAGAGGAAAAAAGAGGGAUGGGGUUGGGGUGCAUAUGCUUAUAGUUAUUCUUUUGUUUUUGUGAAGGAAGGGAAAAAAAAAGGGAAGAGGAAUAGUAGUAUAGUGGUAGUUAUUAGCAAUAAAACUCGUAAAGUUAAUUAUCCGGUAUAUAUACUUCUUUCAUUUUA